AAUAAUACUCCUAAUACAUUUCUUUUCCAGCUCCCUUCUACUAUAUAUAGAUGCCCCAUUACCCUGCAAACUCACACUACCCUGCACUUGCAUACAUAUAAGAGAAGAAGAUCAAUUUACAGAAUCAUGGAGCCAAAGAGAAUCCAAGCAAUGAUAAAGAUGGCAGUGAUGCUUGUUUUCUUGGGCUAUGUAUUCAUAUGGGUGAUAUUACCCACAAAUCUCUACAAAAAAGAUUGGCUGCUCAAGAUCAGAGCCAAGACUAUGUCUACUUACUUCGGAACACAAGGUGCAACAAUGCUCGUCAACACGUCCCCUAUGCUUCUCAUUGCUGUACUCGGCUGUGUUUAUCUUCAUUUCAUGCAUAAGGCUCGAGGGAAAGACAUCCAAGGAAAACAAGGGUCAGAUGCAUUGAGGAGGCCAAUGAUAAUCAAAGGACUGGGAAUUGUUAAUGGAAUAGAGCUGUCAUUUUUUAUCAUGUUUAUUGCCCUCUUGAUUUGGUCUUUCUCAGCUUACUUAGAGAUUAGCUUUGCUAAAAUCACUGCAAAAUCAGCUGCAAAGAGUGGGGAAAAAGUUUGGCAAGCUAAGUUGGACAGUGCAGCACUAAGGCUAGGCUUAAUCGGAAACAUAUGCCUAGCAUUUCUGUUUUUUCCGGUGACUCGAGGAUCAUCGGUGCUGCCAUUACUAGGAGUCACGUCUGAAGCAAGUGUCAAGUAUCACAUAUGGCUGGGUCACAUUGUGAUGACCCUUUUCACGGCUCAUGGUGUUUGUUAUAUCGUCUACUGGGCAGUCACAAACCAAUUAUCAGAGAUGCUGAAAUGGGCUAAAACUGAUGUAUCAAAUGUAGCUGGAGAGUUAGCUUUGUUAUUUGGAUUAGUCAUGUGGGUGACGACAAUUCCUGGUAUUAGGCGCAAGAUGUUUGAACUGUUCUUCUACGUUCAUCAUCUCUACAUUCUCUUCAUGGUCUUCUUUGUAUACCAUGUUGGCUUCUCUUAUGCCUGCAUCAUGCUCCCUGGUUUCUACCUCUUUUUAGUUGAUAGGUUUCUCAGGUUUCUACAAUCACGACAGCGUGUUCGUCUAGUUUCAGCUCGCCUUCUACCAUGUGAAACUGUUGAGCUUAACUUCUCCAAAAGCCAAGGAUUGAAUUAUACUCCGACAAGCAUUAUGUUUGUAAAUGUGCCUAGCAUAUCCAAAGUGCAAUGGCAUCCUUUUACAGUUACCUCCAACAAUAAUUUGGAGCCUGAGAAGAUUAGUAUCGUCAUCAAAGGCGAUGGGAGUUGGUCUAAGAGGCUAUUCCAUACACUAUCUGCGCCUUCUGCAAUUGAUCGUCUUGAUGUCUCAAUUGAAGGACCUUAUGGACCUGCCGCUACUAAUUUUUUAAGGCAUGAUGCACUUGUGAUGGUAAGUGGAGGAAGUGGAAUCACACCAUUCAUUUCCAUUUUCCGCGAGCUAGUUUUCUUGAGUGAAACACUAAAAUGCAAGACCCCCAAGAUUCUUCUCAUUAGUUCAUUCAAGAAUUCGUCUGAUCUCACCUUGCUAGACCUCCUCCUUCCAAUUUCUGACACGCCCUCAAACUUUUCCAACUUGCAAUUGCAAAUAGAAGCAUAUGUGACAAGAGAAAAACAAUCAUCACCAACAAAUAACAAAGAUAACAUAAGGUCUAUAUGGUUCAAACCCCGCCCCUCAGACUCAACUGUAACUCCAAUUCUUGGGCAAAACACCUGGUUGUGGCUUGGAACAAUCAUAUCCUCAUCUUUCAUUCUCUUUCUCAUCUUGUUAGGGACCUUAAACCGCUUCUAUAUAUAUCCGAUUGACCAUAACUCAAACGAUGUGUAUUCAUACUCUGCAAAAGGUACAAUAAGUAUGCUACUCCUGUGUAUAUCCAUUACUGUAACUGCUACCGGGGCUUUUCUGUGGAACAAGAACCAAAAUGCCAUGGAAACUAAACAGAUUCAGAACAUGGAGGGAACAACACCGAUGGCAUCACCUGAUUCUCAAUUUUAUAACGCGGACAGAGAGCUGGAAAGUCUUCCACAACAGUCUCUUGUUCAAUCUACAAAUGUGUACUAUGGGGAAAGACCGGAUCUCAAGAGGUACUUAUUUGAAAGGAAGGAAUCAAGAGUGGGAGUCCUUGUUUGCGGGCCAAAGAAGAUGAGACACGAGGUUGCAGGCAUAUGUUCAUCUGGCUUGGCAGACAAUCUGCAUUUUGAAUCCAUCAGUUUCAGUUGGUGAUUAUUCUCAAGAUGUGUUAUGACGAAACUCUAUGUGGUUCAAAUAACUAACUGAUGUAUUGUACAUCCAUAAAAAAGAAAAGAAAAAGAACAACUACUUUGAAUAAAAGUUUGUAUCUGUGUAAUGAAAGUAAUUUUGUACUCCAGAAGAUUUGAUUGCUGAUGUGUGCAGGCCCGUGAAUCCUGAGGGAAACGAAGUCGUUAAGGGUUUGAUAGAGAAUGCUACUUAUAAAACUGUGGUCGUAUGAGUUGUUGAAAUUAGGGGAUGCUUUCUGGAGUUCUUGUACUUAAGUAGCAAGACCCUUGUAAUAUAACAACCCUUUGUAAUUCCUUUUCAGUUGUAACUGUAGUCAUAUCGCAAAAAAGGUAUGUGUUAUUAUUAGGCAGCAAUGAAUGAUACAGAAGUGUUGCUGUGUGAUA